AUCUCGCAGCGCGCACUAAUUGAAAUGGCGCGUGUGUCCUCGGGCGGCUGCAGCGCGAGCGGCAUCAUGCGUGACGACACACGUCAUUGGGCUCCGGAGCCACGGGGAUGGUUGAUGUUACUGAAAUAUUAGAGACAGAAAAAGAGAGAGCGCAGCGACAUUGAGUUCUUCUUAAAAUUAAUUUAAGGGUUUAAGGAUUUCUGAUUUCCUCUGCUCGGUUUGACAGCUGGAGAGAAGGAACAAGCCGCGCGCCUUAUUGAAGCCUAAUCCCGCCCCGGGGGUCUGAAGAGCCGGGGGCAACUUUAGGAACCAGCCCUCCUCUUUAUUCUGUCGGAGGAGACCCGGGCAGCUUCGUUCAGCUCCUUCUGAACCGGUAUCUUCACAUUUUAGAGCCCGGGAACGGAGCAGACGCACGCCUGUCUCCAUGUCUUCUGUGUCGGUAUCUUCUCAGGAGGGGCGGAGCAUGUCCCGGAUGUCUCUGAGCCGUUCCCCCGUGUCCCCCCUGACCCCCCCUCAGGGCAUCCCGUCCGCCGCCCAGCUGACCAAGGCCAACGCCCCCGUGCACAUUGACGUGGGGGGGCACAUGUACACCAGCAGCUUGGCCACGCUCACCAAGUACCCUGAGUCCAGGAUUGGGCGUCUGUUUAACGGCACGGAGCCCAUCGUGUUGGACAGUCUGAAGCAGCACUACUUCAUUGACAGAGACGGAGACAUCUUCCGCUACAUCCUCAGCUUCCUCCGCACCUGCAAGCUGCUGCUGCCUGAAGACUUCCAGGACUUCCGGCAGCUGUACGAGGAGGCUCGUUUCUACCAGCUGGCUCCGAUGCUCGGGGAGUUGGAUCGCUGGCAGGCGGAGCGCGAGGCGCGCCGGGCGCCGCCCUGCGAGUGUCUGGUGGUGCGCGUGGCGCCUGAUCUGGGCGAGAGGAUCGCGCUGAGCGGAGAGAAAGUCCUGAUCGAGGAGAUCUUCCCCGAGACCGGAGACGUCAUGUGCAACUCGCUCAACGCCGGCUGGAACCAGGACCCCACGCAUGUCAUCCGCUUCCCGCUCAACGGGUACUGCCACCUCAACUCAGUACAGGUUCUGGAGCGUCUGUUCCAGAAAGGUUUCAGCGUGAAGGCGUCGUGUGGCGGUGGCGUUGACUCGUCUCUGUUCAGCGAGUACGUCUUGUGUCGGGAGCUACGGCGCCGCGGCCCGUCGGUCACUGGCACGCCAGUCCGGAUCAAACAAGAACCUCUGGACUGACCCGGUAACUUCUGGACUGACCUGGAACAUCUGGACUGACCCGGAACAUCUGGACUGACCGGCAAACAUCUGGACUGACCGGGAAACAUCUGGACUGACCGGGAAACAUCUGGACUGACCGGGAAACAUCUGGACUGACCCGGGAACAUCUGGACUGACCGGGG